GAAAAAAUGUGUUGUAUUGAUGGUGGUGGUGUUGGUAGUUAUGGUGGCUAUGGUAGAUGACGUUGAAGGGCGGCUUUCAUAUGCUACAUGCAUGGAUCUUUGCGAGACCAAGUGUAACUUUUUUUUUACACAUCCAGAAAAAUACUGUAAAGAUAAAUGUAACCGCAAAUGUCGUAGACUUCAAUCAUCUCAGGUGGAGACUAUAGGAAUGAGAAACAUAAAUGGAUAAAUAAGUUGACAAAAUAGUUGAUAUAUUUGUAAACUUGAUGAAGCUUUCAUAUUAAUAACAAUUUUUUUUUAGAAAUUUAACUCUUUUUUUGCAACUAUAUAUGUGACGUUUCAAAAUUAAAAUACAUAUCAAUUCUUCAUCCAUUAGUAAAACCGUAAUAUAACUCUCAUGUAUAUUAUAAAAGAUUGCAGAAUGACAUAGUUUUCUAUA